AUGGCUCCCACAAGCCGUUUACAACCACCGCCUCCCAUAUCCGUCACUCCCUCUAUUCAAACUCCCGACGAUUUCGACGAUCCCGACGCCGACAUUGCCAUUGACCUUGACGACGACGGACGGGGAGCCCCUAAUUACACAGGGUACGGGCGGAAUAGCCUCCUUUCGCCAAACCGCGACGCCUUCUACGACCCCAAUCGAUUGUCUCCCGUGGCUCCUACUUUCCAGAACAACGACUUUUUAAGUCCCAACCUCAGUCCCAACAUGGCCUCCAGCUCCGGUGGUUUCGGCGAGAAUGCCUCCCCUAUCGACAUACCCAAUGCGGCCAACGGCAACGCCCCGAACCCCUUCAACUUCCAGACCCAGAUAAUAUCUACGUCCCCCGUCAAGCCAAACGUGGGCCAGCGUCGUGGCCACAAGUACAAGCACUCGAGCAUCAGCGCCCAGCACCAGAUCUUCCAGGAGCCGCCGCCGCGGCCUCCCCUCGCCCUCCCUCGUGACCUGCCGGUGCCCACGGUGAACGAGGCGUGGAAGUCGAUGUCGAAGGACCAGCGGCGGCGGCUGUACUGGUGCAUGUGCCACCUGCUCAUCGCGGUGUCGGUGUUCCUGUCGGCGCACGGGUCGCUGGCGAUGACGGCGCUCUCGCACCUCGUCCUCUUCGACGUCGGGUCGGCGCUGAUCUGCGUCGCCGUCGAGGUGCUCGGCAACUUCGAGGUCUGGCGGCGCAGCAGCAUCCGCCACCCGUUCGGGCUCGAGCGCGCCGAGGUCCUCGCCGGCUUCGCCCUCAGCAUCUUCCUCAUCUUCGGCGGCUUCGACCUCGUCAGCCACAACCUGAAGCACGUCCUCGAGGGCAAGGGCGGCCACGCCCCGCACCACCCGGACCCCCACGACGCCGGCGGAGAGCCUAGGGUCCCCGUCGGCGGCCUCGAUAUGGCUAGCCUGGCCGCCAUCGCCGCCACGCUGGUGAGCGCGUACGGACUGAGGAACCACGCCCGCAUCAGCAAGGUCAUGCGCGUGAGCUACCUGGCUAGCUUGCCCAGCGUCCUGUCCAACCCGUUCCAUUUCAUGACGCUGUCCACCUCGUCUCUCAUGGUCGUGCUCCCGCUCCUGUCCAUCCCGAUCGGCAUGCUCCUCGACAGCGCCAUAUGCGGCGUGGUCGCCGUGGCCAUGUUCGCGCUCGGCACGCGGCUCGCCAUCGCGCAAGGACUCAUGCUGCUCAUGAGCUACGGCGGACGCUCGGGCACCACCACCACCAGCAGCGGCGUCAUCGGUGGUAGGAACAACAACAACAAGGACGUCGGCGUGGCGGACGUGGUGCGCGAGAUCGAGGCCGAGCACGGCGUCGAGAAGGUCGAGGAGGCGCAGUUCUGGCAGGUCCACUACGGCCUGUGCAUGGCGAACCUCAAGCUCUCCGUGUCCAAGGGCGCGGACGACGCGGCGCUGAGCCGCCUCCGCGCCCGCGUCGCGAACCUCAUCCAGAACCGGCUCGGCGAGGGCUACGGCAAGGGAGGGAGCUUGAGGUGGGAGGUUAGCUUGCAGAUGGGCACGGCGGGGCGGUUUUAG